CGAUCACCACCCAGGCAGACGCAUUACCUGCAUAGAGUGACAGCUGGGCACGCGCAACACCGUAACGCCAUAUCUUCACAUCUGCCACAAUGUUUACAAUCAUCAUCAACCUCUUUACAGCCGCAGCCCUCUUGCCAUGGCUGACUUCCUCAACCGUCCUCAGCGGCUUGGGCACGAUUUCAGUCCUCAACUCCAGCUCUUUCAUGACGGCCACACCUGACCAGACCAUCGGCUGCAUCGACGCAUCCGGACGGCUAGUCAUGGACUCUUGUGCAACCUUUGAAUACCGCGACACCUACCCUAACGGAAUUUUCUCAAGUGCUGGGAACUGCUCCUUCACAGACUCAUCCCAGCCUGCAAACACCGACAGCCGGUAUGGCUCCGGUAGUUACGCCUGGUCAUGCUGGACUCAUGAAGCCGUAGUAACAGACGAAUUGUAUACCGUCGAUGGCUUUGCAUAUCCGUUUCUCUGCCAGGGAGACACGAAUUGUUACUUUGACAUCCCCAGUGCGCCUUCCAAAGGGAGUCAGCAGCUGCCUGUCUGGAAGUACCUAUGGGGUAGUGCGCAACCUGGAAUCACACCGGGUCAUCUGAAGGCCCUGCUUCUUUGGGAACCCGUUUCAUCUUCCUGAAGGAAAAAAGGGAUAUCUUCAGGUAACGAUGCGAUGUAGGGCUUUGUAUGAGAUCAAAUGUUUAAGCAUCAAUGAUGUAACGAUCGAAGGAGUCUGGAGCUUACUGUUUCCCUAUAAAUGGGCUGCUUGAUGCACAGUCUUGUAUGUGACAAGAUAGUAUUGACAGGGAAAAGACGGAUAAACUUGGAGGCGAUCAGAUUUAC